AUGGAAGCAGAAUCCAGGUCUUUAUCUCAAUCUUCUGACUCAGAUAAUGAAUUUUGGGAUGAGCUAGAUGAUGUAAUAUCUAUUUUAGAAACCUCAGCUAACUUAUAAAAAAUUAUUAGCUCCUUUCACGAGUAAUCAAAUAAUUUUUCUCGCUAAUUUUAUAUAAUAAUUUAUAUUAAUGUUUUUUUUUGCAAUUUAAAAAAAAUUCCAUUCCUUAAAAAUUGGGAAAGAAAUGUCAAUUUAAUUUAGAAAAUUUGUGUUUUCAAAACAAGCUGUUUAAAAUUGAACAGAAUUAGCUAAAGAUUCAUUAUAAUAAUUGCACUCAUAUAUCUGGAAAUUCUUGCUUAUCAGAGAAGAUUUUUUUAAUAGUUUUGCUCUCUCACUGAGGAGACGAGUAAGCAGAAGAUCAACACGUUUUUCUGAAGUGUUACAAUUCCCAAAAAAAGAGGAGCCAAUCUCUCCAAGUAAAAAAGAAGUGACUCCUAUAUUAAAAAAAUCAGAAACCACUCCGAUUUCAAAGCAAGAACCUAUAAAAAUUGAAAGAAAAGAAGAAAUUCCCAAGGAUGAAGCCCCUCCAAAUCAAAUCAAGCCUCCUAAGCAGCCAAAAAGCGACUUUUUAACUUCCUAUAAAAGGCCUGUCCCUAAGCCAAAUUAUGAGAAUGAUUUCUCAUCUCUUGAAGUCAAAGAGUUAAAGAUGACUCUAUUUGUCAAAGAAAAAACUAUAAAGACCUUAUGGAUGAUGCUCUCUGAGUUACAAUUUUUUAUUACAUCAAAUAGACUAGAAACCGACACAACCGAAAUUAAUAAAAAUAAUAUAGCGAAUGAAGAGGAAAAUUUUCGAAUCCAGCAAUUCAUAGAAGAAAUAAAAAAGCUGAACAGUCAAAUUUCCAUCCUCAAAGAUGUAUGUGACAUUUAUCAAAAAGACGUAGAUAACACAAUUAAGAAAAUGAAAGAAAUUGAAAACGAAAAAGAAAAUUUAAAGGAAUCGUGUGAAAAAGAAAUUGAAAAAUUAAAAAUUCAAUUUGAAGAGAGAGAAAAAGAGCUUCUUCUUGAAAAAGAAAAAAUCACUACAGAGUAAAGAGUAAGUAGGCUUGAAAGCUACAAAACAAAUGUGGCUAAAGAGCUAGAAGCAAGGGAUAUUUUAGAAAAUAGGCAAAAGAAUGAAGUUAUUGCACUUAAAGAAGAACUUAAAAAUGCCAAGACCAUUUUACAGAAUCCAAGGCUGAGAGCUAAAGUCCAUGAAAAGCUUAAAGAAUAUAUGGAAGAAAAUGAAAAAUUAAUUAUAGAAGAAGAUUUAAAGGAAAAUGGAAAAAUAUCAUCGAAGCCUCCGAAACUCUUUUGCAAGCCUAAGCAGCCUCCAAGACCUGCUACAGUCCAAUUACAUAAGAAAGCUCAAUCUUGCGAUGUGUCUACUUCUUACGACGAUGGAAAAAUCAUUGGAAAACUUUUGACUCUUUCAAGGCCAGAGACACCAGCAAUUUUCCCAAUUCAUCGUAGAAAUGCAUCCUCUGUAAGUAGUUCUUACGAAACUAAGCGAAAGAGUAGUACACCGAUAAUAAUUUUAUAA